GAUGAAUUUGAUAACUACAUAGGGGCAGACUGCGAAAAAACAAAAUAUUGAGGGUGCAAAGUGCAAUACUUUGACAAAUUACUAGGCUUGAAGAUUUGUGGCAUGGGUCAUACUAUGAACGCGAGUCGUUGCCCAAAGUAAUGAGCAAGGCUUGAAUCAAUUUGUUGGAUUGGAUUCGAGCAUUAAAGGUCGAGGAAGAGAUGGUCGGCGGCGGUGAAAGAGGUAACGGCGGCGGAGGAGGAAAAGAUGGUGACUGGGAGUGCGGCGGAUGCCGCAACCGGAACUACGCUUUCAGAUCCUUUUGCAACCGUUGCAAGCAGCCCCGCCUUCUCGUUGACACCAAAACGCCCGCCGAUUCGAAGUGGCUUCCCCGAAUCGGUGAUUGGAUCUGCACUGGUUGCACUAACAACAAUUAUGCCUCAAGAGAAAAGUGCAAAAAGUGUGGCCAACCUAAGGAGCUAGCAGCAAUGCCAGCAGUUGCGAUCCCUGGAGCUUCUGUCUCUACUCAUCCAACUUAUUUUGCCAGGGCUCAAGGAAGAAUGGAACAAUUACUGAACGUUGGAUCUUUCCAAUCAUCAAUGUCUUUGGGCUCCAGCUGGCUUGGUGGAGCAGCUGGUCAAUACAGGAAUCAUGCUACCGAUCCAUAUGGAAUUCAACAAUCAUCUAAUUGGGCCUUAGGAGAUGGAGGCAUAUCGGGAAUUUCAUAUGCUGGCCACAUGAAUCAACUUCCUGCUGUUCUAAAUGGUAAUGAAUGGCGUUCUGGGGAUUGGUUGUGCACAUGUGGCUUCCACAAUUAUUCUUCUCGUUUGGAGUGCAAAAAGUGCAAUGCCCCUUCGACCAUAUCAGCACCGGCAUCUCUUCUUAAUCCCUCAGUCGCAGCUCUUGGAACUAAACGCUUGGCGUCCGAAGAAUUUGUUAACAACUGGGAUAAUAAGAGACUGAAUGCAGGACAAGCGUAUGGGCUGGAGCAACAAUGUACAGGUUUAGAGUCUACCCCAAAUUCUGGAGAUAGUAAAUUAAAUAAUAUAUACCCAGCCACUCGGAGUGAAAACACAGUUAUUCCCCAGAAUUGGCAAGUCAACCCUCAAGUACCACGUAUCCAUCCGUUGUUGUAUUCUGCAGAGCAAAGCAAUGGCGUGAUGGGGAUUGGAUGUGCUCAAAUUGUAAUAAUCACAAUUAUGCCUCUCGAGCAGAAUAACUAUAAGGAAAUGAUGUCCUGGAUGGGGACUGAAUGCUUGUUCUGUUGGAUUAGUAACAUUCCAAUUGUUGAAACUAAAAGAUCUUCUGAAAAAGAAAAACCUUGCGAAGCAUUGGAAUUGCCAUGGUGCAAAACUCAGAGAGAGGUGCCGGCCCAACCUGUGAGUGUUGCUUAGUUCGGAAGUUUCCAAAAACCUUAACAGUCAGUCAUGCCUUGUGGUUUCCAGAUUUCCAGAUUACAGAUGUGUGAGAUGGUGCUAUAUUUAUGUUUAAUUGCAAUCAUGUUGUAACAUUAUAAAACCUAUCCUUGUGAUUGACUUAGUUUCAGUUGUUAAGGAUGUUUUGCUUGCAAUCUUCAUUGAACUGAUGUUCUGCAUAUAUCUUAUGUUAAUUAAUAACCAGUUUUUCUCUCCCGCUCUAUCGAUGGUUGCUAGAGGUAUAACUCUUAUUCGAAC